GUAGCCUCCCUUACAAGAGCAGAUACAGGAUUGCCAGCUCUAAAAAAUAUUUAAAAUAAUCAAUGAAACCAUUGACCAAUGUAGUAUCAAUUUCAACCGAAGCAAUUAAAAGUCCAUUGCAACACUUACAUGCGAAUGCGCACAUCGAAUUAUGACUUCCGGUUGGAAUAGUGCUGGACGUGUUGUAGUUUACCGGUCCCAGAGCUCUACAAGAUGUGGUUUUGGAUUGCAGUAGCUUUCUUCGUGGCUUUCUUAAUCGUAUUGUAUCUUGCUUCUCCUCUCAUAGCACCGAAACCAUUGGAACUGAUUAACGAACAUGUCUUGAUUACUGGGGGAUCAAGUGGAAUUGGAAAGGCCUUGGCAAUAGAGGUGGCAAAGCGAGGAGCCAACAUAUCACUCCUAGCACGAAACCAAACAAAGUUGCAAGAAGCCAAAGAAGAAGUUGAAAAGUUUCUUCAGGACAAAUCUAAUCAGCGAAUCAUCUGCAUAUCAGCUGAUUUAUCCAAAGAUGCUGCAGCUGUGGAGAGAGCAGUACGACAGGCAGAGGACCAGCUGGGAAAUGUCCUCCUCAUGGUCAACUGUGCUGGCACUUCCAUCAGUGGAAUAUUUGAGGACAUCUCAGUGGAAGAGUUCAAGAGAAUGAUUGACAUCAACUACAUGGGCAGCGUGUACGCCACCAAGGCUGUUGUUCCUGGGAUGAAGCGGCGCCAGAAAGGACGUAUUGUGUUUGUGUCAUCACAAGCAGGGCAGACCGGACUGUUUGGAUACACAGCAUACUCUGCCUCUAAAUAUGCAUUGAGAGGAUUGGCAGAGUCACUACACAUGGAGAUGAAGCCCUACAAUGUAUAUGUAACACUGGCCUUCCCAGCUGAUACAGACACACCAGGAUUUGCAGAGGAACAGAAAUCAAAGCCUGCUGAAACACGACUGAUAUCAGAAACAGCUGGUCUAUUCCAGCCGACAGAUGUUGCCCAAACAAUCAUCAAGGAUGCAAUUCAAGGUCGUUUCUUCAGCUACAUGGGUUUGGAUGGCUACAUGCUGGCCAACCUGACCUGUGGGAUGUCCCCAGUCACGUCCAUCAUGGAAGCGACUCAGCAGGUAGCAACAGUGGGAUUGUUCCGUGUCAUUUCACUGUUCUAUCUGGACUAUUUCGACCGAAUCUGUCGUAAGUGUAAGUCUGAGAGGGAGAACAAAGCUGGGGAGGAGAAAAAGACAAGUUGAUACAGACAGCUUCUUGGAUAUCACUACGUCUGUCUUGCAUAAGAACCACCACACUAUCUGGUACAGACAGCUUCCUGGAGAUCACUGUGUGUCUUACAUUAUAACCUUCAUUGCACACAAGAUGGUACAGACAGCCUCUUGGACAUCACUAUGAAUUUUUCUUACGUCAUUUCCCUGCACGUACAUCAAGCCUCAAAGCUGACUUUAGAUCCUCUGGCAUCCUGAACUUUGAGUAUACUCCCAGCUAACACACAAUGGUUUCUCAACCUUGUGGGAAGGCAUUACUUCAUUUUAUAACGUUAUAUCACAACGUUACAGCAACAUUAAUACAGCUUCGAAAUAGCGACUGGAUGGCUAGCCAAAUGCUAGCUGAUUGUGAAUCGACACAGUAAUACAUUUAUAAAGCUAUCCCGACUGGCUAGCUGAAAAUCUCAGAUAAUUUGUUCUAUAUUUUAAUUUGAAUUGAUGAAUCAGACAGUUCUGAAUGAUGUCAUUUGUUUCUUUUGCACUAGAAGUGAGCAGCACAAUAGAGCAGUGUUUUCUCCAACCUAUAUUGAAGGAAUAAAGAAAGAAAUCUUU